AAUGAAAAAAAUACUUAAAACGUCAUAACAAUAACAUCCAAGAAUUCAUUAUUCAGAAAUCAGAAAUAUCUGAAUUUUCAUUCUCCAGCAGAAUCAGAACAUCACAAAUAAUCACAACAGCAAGUUAAAAGUUUAGAAAGAAGAAAUUCAGAAAAGUAAUAAAUGGGCGUUAUAUAUCUUGAAUACGGAUUUAAUGAGAUUAGUGUAUGGGCAACUGUAACAACAAAAUACUAAUUUCAAGUCAUUAUUUUUCAUCAUAUGGGCUCUUACAUUUCCAGAACAAUGUCCGAAGAUGAUUCAAGGACAGUAUCAGAUUCAGAAUCCGAUUCUGAUCAAGAUUACAGAACAAUGCUGAGAAGUUUAAUCAACAGUGGCCAGGUUCAGAUACAGGUGCCUCUCUUUGUAAGAGGUAGUUCACCAGAAUAUCUGAAGUCACCGAAAAUAACAAGAAAACAUUGUACCAAGUCCCUUGAUGAUAGUGAAUUUUCACUCAUAACUCGACAAGAUUCAGGAUUAUCUGAGCCUAAAAUUAGGAGAGCAAAAAAUGUUACCAAAUUGAUGACUAACAGAGAGAUUGGAUUCUACCCAAAUGAUUGCUUUUCGAAGAAUAAAAAAUGCAGUAUCUCAAACAGAUAUUUACCAAAUGAAAUGUCAUUGUUGGAUAAUUCUUCUGGCAAAGUUUUCUGUGGUGUUUUUUCCAAAGAUGGUAGUCGUUUCAUAACUGCAGCUCAAGAUCGAUCUAUCAGGUUAUACAAUUCAGAUGAUGGGUCAUAUAAAUUUAUACGAUCAAUUCGUGCUAGGGAUGUUGGGUGGAGCAUAAUUGAUGUGGCAUUCAGUCCCAACAGAGAACACUUUGUUUAUUCCACAUGGUCUUCCGCAUUGCACCUGUGCUCUGUCAAUGAAAACACUGAUCACCAAGAACCACUGAGUCUCCUAAAGAGUGGACGUAGAUUUUGCGUGUUUUCUGUAGUUUUUUCCUCUGAUGGUAAAGAACUUCUUGGGGGCGCCAAUGAUGGCUGUCUGUAUAUCUACGAUCUGGAACAGCAUGGUAGAAAAUUAAAAAUUCCCGCCCACGAGUACGACGUGAACAGCGUGUGCUUCGCCGACGAGUCUUCCCACAUCAUCUACAGCGGCGGCGACGACGGACACGUCAAGGUGUGGGACAGGCGGACGCUGGACGAGAAGUCGCCACAACCGGUGGGGGUGCUAGCUGGUCACGUGGACGGUGUCACGUUCAUCGACAGCAAGGGGGACGGCAGGCAUCUCAUAUCGAACAGCAAGGAUCAGAGCAUUAAGUUAUGGGAUGUGAGAGUAUUCUCAGGAUCUGAUGCUGCAGAGCAGUCUUUCAGGGCUGUUACAGAACAGACCUGGGAUUACAGGUGGCAAGAUGUCCCAAAGAAGUUAUUCACUACGAAAGCUAAACUCGAAGGGGACACGUCAGUGAUGACGUACAAAGGCCACGUUGUGAUAAAAACGCUAGUAAGGUGCAGGUUCUCCCCAUUGCAUACUUCAGGACAGCGAUAUAUCUACACAGGAUGUGGAAUUGGACGAGUAGUCGUGUAUGAUUCGUUGACGGGUGAGGUUGUAACAACAUUGGAUGGGCAGUGCGCUUGUGUGAGAGAUGUUGACUGGCAUCCAUAUAGGAACGAGAUACUGAGCUCAUCUUGGGAUGGUACAGUUGGAAAAUGGUCGUACAGCGGCCCUUUGGAUGAUGAUGAAGAAAUGUGGAAGGAUAUUGAAGAAGAAUCGCCUUUCAGGAGGAGUUCGAGACUAGCUCUCAAAAGAAGGUUGAAAACAUAGUAUAUGUUGUCACUUAUGCAGUUCAAUAGGUGAUAUAUUUUUAAGAUUAAUAUAAAUAUUUUGAGUUUUAUGGUGCAAUCAAUAUUACUUUCAAUUGU